AUGAAGAUAGAAAAGUUGAGAGAAAAGAUCACUUCAUUCCGGCAAAAGUACGAUGAGUCAUUUGCCGAAGCUUGGAAGAGAUUUACAGACUUGCUAAGGAAAUGCCCAAGUCAUGGUCUAGCUCCGGGGCAUGAUCUUUUGAAGUUCUACAAGGGACUUAAUCAUGAAGGCACAUGCUUGGUUACUGCAGGUUCAAGUGGGAACUUGGACGAUUUGACACAUGAUGAGGUGAGGGCACUAUUUCAGAGAUUGGCUAACAAUCAAAGGAACUGGCAUAAUCCAAGAAAGGGGGGUGCAGGAGAUACAUUUGGUGCAACUAAGGAGUCGGAAAGAGUAUCAACUAUAGAGGCUCAAAUGGCUGAUUUUAGUACUCAAAUAUCUUCAAUGACGAAAGCUGUCAAAUCCUUGCAAUUGACUCCCCAACCUCAAGCUGCGCCUGUGAUGAAAUGUGGAGUGUGCCAAGGAGGACAUUAUACAGAUCAAUGUCCUAGUUUGCAAGGAGCACCAGUGGAGGAUGUAAAUUAUAUUGGUAACCGUCAAGGUUUUAAACAAGGUAAUCAGUACGGGAAUCAACAAAACUGGAGGCCUCAACAAGGAAACUGGAAUCAAGUCAGUUCUAGCAACACUGCAGGAAAUCAAUGGAGAAGCAAUACCCAACCUCCGGGUUUUGAGAAGAAGUUAUCACAUGAAGAUCAAUUGGGACAGAUUUUCUCUUUUAUGACUAAGAGUCAAAAGGAGAAUGAGAAUUUCAGAGAUAAAACUGUGGAGAAGUUUGGACAGCUUGAGGCUACUAUGAGGACUCUUGAGACUCAAAUUGGGCAGCUUGCUACAGCAUCUCAUACAAGAAUUCCUGCAACUAUUCCGAGUGAUACUGUGCCCAAUCCCAAAGGUAACGAACAUUGCAAGGUAGUUACAUUGAGAAGUGGUCGUGAGUUGGGUUCUACACCAUUAAUGGACGGCCAAGGGGCGGACGAGGCAUGUAAGGGAAGUCCCGAGUUGGUGCAUGGGGCCCAACAUGGUCAAGAACAGGCUGCAUCCGGCAGCAAGGAACAUGGUGAAGAAUCCGAUUCUAGUGGAAAGUUUUCAGCAGAAGAGAAAGGAAAGAAGAUAGUAGAGAUGGAAUCAAAGAGAAAGAUGAUGACAAGUCCGGCACAAGAUCCUAAGAGCAAGUUUAACUUCCCAGAUCAUAUUCCUCCUCCACCAUAUCCACCUAAGAGGAAGAAAAGAGUCCCAAAAGAGAAAAGUUUUGAGUGGAUGAUGAAUGUAAUCCGUAAAGUGAAUGUGGAUGUGUCAUUAGUGGACCUCUUCACUAAUUUUCCCAAGUUCUCCAAGUUUUUCAAGGAUAUGAUGGCAAACAAGGAGAAACUACAAGAUGAGGGGAUAGUUGCUUUGAGCAUGAAUUGCUCACAAUUGAUUUCAGGAAUGAUGCCAAUGAAGAAGAGGGACCCCGGAAGUUGUGUGAUUCCUUGUGAGAUCGGCAAUACAAUCUUCACAAAAUGCUUAUUGGAUCAAGGCUCGGGGAUCUCACUUAUGGCAUUGAAAACUGCACGUGCCAUUGGACUAGAGGAUAGGAUGGAGCCUAUAGACAUUGCUCUACAAUUGGCCGAUCACUCGAUAGUGAAGCCUAGUGGAAUAGUAGAGGAUGUCUUGGUCAAAGUCGACAAAUUCAUCAUCCCUGUUGACUUUAUAGUUUUGGAUAUGCCCGAGGACAAAGAGGUACCAAUUCUAUUUGGUAGACCAUUUCUUGCCACGGGAGAUGUGUUGCUUGGAGUAAAAGACAACUCUGUUACAGUCAGAAUUAAUGGUGAGCAAGUGACCAUUAAUGUGGAGAAGGCAAUGAAGCACCCUAGUGAUGCCAAUGCGUGUUUUAGAGUUGAUGUCCUCGAUAAAUGCAUAUUUGACAAGAUGUGUUGCUCAUCAAGAAUUGAAGGAAGUGUAUAUGAGAAAGGGAGCUUGGAGAGAGAUUUUGGUUCGACAAUCAAAGUAAAUUUUGAUGAAACAAAAGAUUAUCAAGUUGAUCAACCACAUCUGGAAAAUGAAUGUGUGGUGGAUACUUUUGUGACAGAUGUGAAACCUUCAAUUAAAGUACCACCAAAGCUAGAAUUGAAGCCCCUCCCGAAAAAUUUAAAAUAUGUCUUCCUUGGUGAUGAUGAAACUUUACCGGUUGUGGUAUCGGCUGAGUUGAAUAAUGAAGAAGAAUCCAAGUUAAUAGAGCUACUUAAGUUGCACAAGCAAGCUCUAGGAUGGUCUAUAGCCGAUAUCAAAGGAAUUAGCCCGGCGAUAUGCAUGCAUAAAAUCUUGAUGGAAGAUGGAGCUAAGCCGGUAAGAGAGAGACAAAGAAGGUUGAACCCACUUAUGCAAGAAGUGGUGGAAAAAGAAGUGAAGAAAUUGUUGAAAUUUGGGAUGAUCUAUCCUAUAUCCGAUAGUGAGUGGGUUAGCCCGGUGCAAUGUGUACCCAAGAAAGGAGGAAUAACCGUGACAGUCAAUGAAAAGAAUGAAGUCUUAGCAACUCGAUUGGUGAAUUCAUGGAGAGUUUGUAUGGACUACAGAAGAUUGAAUAUGGCGACAAGAAAAGAUCAUUUUCCGUUGCCAUUUUUGGAUCAGUUGCUUGAUAGGAUUGCUGGUUAUUCUCAUUACUAUUUCUUGGAUGGAUAUUCGGGGUAUAAUCAGAUUGCAAUUGCCCCGGAAGAUCAAGAAAAGACGACAUUCAUUUGCCCUAUUGGUACUUAUGCCUUCCGCCGGAAGGCAUUUGGGUUGUGCAAUGCCCCAGCUACAUUUCAACGUUGUAUGAUGGCAAUAUUCUCCGAUAUGAAUGAGGACAUUAUGGAGAUCUUCAUGGAUGAUUUCUCCGUGUUUGGCUCAUCUUUUGACUGUUGUUUACACAACUUGAGUCGUUUGGGAUUGGAGAUGGAUAAGGCUAAGAUUGAAGUAAUUUCCAAGUUACCUCCUCCAACAAAUGUGAAGGGCAUCCGUAGUUUCCUUGGUCAUGCGAGAUUCUACCGAAUAUUCAUAAAAGAUUUUUCAAAAAUUGCAAAACCUCUUUGCAAUCUACUUGAGAAGGAUGCCAAGUUCGUCUUUGAUGAUAAAUGCCUUGAGGCAUUUGAUUUGCUCAAGAAGAAGCUAGUCGAAGCUCCUAUUAUUAUCACACCUGAAUGGUCAAAACCAUUUGAGUUGAUGUGUGAUGCUUCGGACUACGCCGUGGGAGCCGUUUUAGGCCAAAGAAGAGAGAAGGUCCUACAUGCCAUCUACUAUGCUAGCAAAGUACUCAACGAUGCCCAAUUGAACUACACCACGACGGAGAAGGAAAUGUUAGCAGUUGUGUAUGCUUUUGAGAAGUUUCGUGUAUAUUUACUUGGCACGAAGGUGGUAGUGUUCACGGACCAUUCAGCUAUCAAAUAUUUGAUGAACAAGAAAGAUGCAAAACCUCGUUUGGUGAGAUGGGUCCUAUUAUUACAAGAAUUUGAUGUGGAAAUCAAAUAUAAAAAUGGGACCGAGAAUUUGGUAGCUGAUCAUCUUUCUAGAUUAGAAGGCGCGGAAGAAACGGAAGAUGAGAAAAAGAAAAGGAUCAAUGAAAAAUUUCCCGAUGAGCAAGUGUUGCAAUUGGAAGCUCGGGAAACAUAUGUGCCGUGGUUUGCUAACUUGGCAAACUACCUUGUCACGGGCAUUAUAACCGAAGGGUUUUCUUCUAACCAAAAGAAGAAAUUUUUGAGUGAUACCCGCAUGUAUGUUUGGGAAGAUCCAUUUCUCUUCCGUAUUUGUAGUGAUGGAGUCAUUCGAAGGUGUGUUGGAGAGCAUGAGCACCUUCAGAUUUUAUGUGACAGUUGCCAAAGAACCGGGAAUAUCUCUUGGAGGAAUGAAAUGCCGAUGAACAAUAUCCAUGAGGUGGAGCUCUUUGAUGUUUGGGGAUUAGAUUUCAUGGGGCCUUUUCCCAAGUCUAAUGGGAAGCAAUAUGUCUUAGUUGCGGUGGACUACGUUUCUAAGUGGGUAGAGGCUGAGGCAUUGCCUACCAAUGAUGCUAAAGUGGUAUUGAGAUUCAUCAAGUCUCAUAUUUUCAACCGUUUUGGAACACAUCGAGCCAUGAUUAGUGAUGGAGGUACUCAUUUUUGCAAUAAGUUGUUUGCAAACCUCCUUGGAAAAUAUUGUGUUCAACAUAAAGUUGCUACCCCUUAUCAUCCCCAAACAAGUGGCCAAGUGGAAGUCUCCAAUCGUGAGAUUAAAAGAGUUCUUGAAAAGGUGGUGAAGCCGUCGCGAAAAGAUUGGUCUCAAAAGCUAGAUGAUGCCUUAUGGGCAUAUCGAACGGCUUAUAAAACUCCUAUUGGAACUUCCCCUUACAAGAUGGUGUUUGGAAAGGCAUGUCAUUUGCCGGUUGGGCUUGAGCAUAAGGCGUUUUGGGCCUUGCAAAUGCUGAAUUUAGACUAUGAUUCGGCAACUAACAAAAGGAUGCUUGAGUUGAAUAUCAUGGAUGAGUUUAGGUUGAAUGCUUAUGAGAGUGUUGAUCUCUAUAAGGAGCGGGCAAAGAAGAUUCAUGAUGCAGCCAUCAAACCUCGUCGAUUCCAUGAAGGACAGUUGGUCCUAUUGUACAAUUCUCGGUUGAAGCUUUUUCCGGGAAAACUCAAGUCAAGAUGGUGGGGUCCGUUUGUUGUGCACAAAGUGUAUCCUUAUGGUGCAGUGGAUAUUCGUGAUCCUAAGUCCAAUGAUGUAUGGAAGGUGAAUGGUCAGAGGUUGAAGGUUUAUCUAGGCGGUGACCUGUUGAAGGAAGAAAGGGAGGCGGUCGUACUACAAGAUUCACAAGUGUAG